CCGAAAUUGGGUUUAUGUAUCAGUUCCACAGUGUCCAUUGCUUCAAUUCAUUCGAACUUUUUUAUCAAUCCUCUCAAAACUUUUCCAUAAUAUAAAAUGGCAUUCAAAUUUGUUAUCCUUUGCACUGUUUUGGCUGUUGCCAGUGCUGGUUAUAGCCCAGUUGUGUACUCAGCUCCAGUUCCUCACUAUGCUGUAGCAAAUCCAUCCCAGGACGCUGUUGGCUCAACCCAGCACAAUGUUGUCCGCUCCUAUGCCGGCACUGUAUCCCAAUACUCCAAGGCUGUUGAUACCCCAUACUCGAGCGUUCGCAAAUCUGAUACCCGCAUCAACAACAACGUCUACACCCCAACUUACGCCAAGACCUUAGCUUACGCCGCACCAGCUCAAGUUGUGAAAUACGCUGCUCCUCAAGCUGUUUACGCUCACCAAGCUGCUCCUCAAGCUGUUUACGCUCAUCAAGCUGCUCCUCAAGCUGUUUACGCUCACCAAUCUGCUCCUGCUACCGUAUACACUCAUUCUGCUCCAGCUGUCUACACUCAUCAAGCAGCUGCUCCUGCUACAGUCUAUUCUCAUGCUGCUCCAGCUGGCGUUAUUGCUCAUCACCAAGCUCCCAGUGCGUAUGUCAGCCAUGUUGACCCAACCAUUGCGUCUUACUCAAGCAAGACCAUCAGCUACUCACCAGCUGCUGCCGUUGCCCAUGUCACUUUCGAUGGAUUCGGUGCUCACUAUGGAUAUUAAAUGAAUAACUCAACCUUUUCUUAUGACUGAAUGUUAAGUUUUAAAAUUUUGUUUGUUUGUUUAUUCUUUUUUUUAUUCAAUGAAUAAAGUAACAUAAAAUGUUAAUAUUAA